AGCAGAUGCAGUGCAGCAGAUCUGAAGAGAGAAACUCGUGAGCCAUCUCACCAUGAAGGGAAGAACAGUUCUUCUCCUUAGCUUCAUCAUAGCGGCGUACUUCUGUGGCACUGUUGCUCAAACAAAAGAUUUGGCUGAAAAGAUUUCAGAUAUUUUCUUCUUGGUGGACAGUGGCAUAAGUCAACAACAGUUCUCCCUGUUCAGGACAGAACUUAACGAAUCGAUCAAUCAGCUUAACGUUGGGGCAUCCAACAACCGUAUCGGGUUGGCCCAGUAUGGUAAAAAUAUCAAGGUUGAAUUCCUUCUUAACGCCCAUCAAACCAAACAGAAGAUCCAGGCUAGUGUCAAGCGUUUCCGUCUGCGCCCACCACAACCCAACGAUCCACGAAACCUUGGCAGGGCUUUGGGGUACGCCAGAACUAACUUUUUCACCAGUGAUGCAGGGGGCCGUGCUGAGCAAGGCUUCAGACAGUUCUUGGUCGUCGUGAGUGGACAGAAAUCAAGUGAUAGUGUGGUUAGAGAGGUUCGUAAGCUCAGAUCAUCAGGGGUUACUAUUGUUGGGAUGAGCGCAGGUGCACCGAUGGAUUCAAUAGACGUGUUGAGUGAUGUGUAUGCGUUUGAUUCUCCAAGAGUAACUCUUCUGAAGGACAUCUUCAUAACUGAGAAAGAGGACAGCAUUACUGAAGAAUGCAAAGGAGUCAAUAAGGUGGACAUUGUGUUCAUUGUUGAUGAGUCGGGUAGCAUUGAACUAGCCAAUUUCAAGCUGAUACGCAAUUUCAUACACUCGAUUGUAAGCAGCCUGGAUGUCAGUCAGACCAGGGUCAGAGUAGGCAUUGUUACAUACAACGACAACCCCACAGCACAGGCCUAUCUUGACAGCUUCAAUGACAAGAACGAUACCCAACAGUUCAUCAAGAUCCUGCCUUACACUGGUGGUGGAACAAACACCGGAAAGGCCCUAGACUUCGCCAACAAUGAAAUCUUUAAUGAGCAAAGAGGCAGCAGGAAGGAUGUCCAGAAGGUGGCAAUGGUGAUUACAGAUGGUGAAUCCCAGGAUGAUGUUAGCGAAGCUGCACUCCGUCUUCGUCGGAAGGGCGUCACAGUUUUCGCUGUAGGAAUCAAAAAUGCUAGCAUCAGCCAACUGGAACAGAUGGCAUCUUAUCCAAUCAAUAAACAUGUUUUUCAUAAGGAGAGUUUCACCCAUCUGAAGCCCAUGAAGACGAGUCUGCAGAAAAUCCUGUGCAAUAACAUCAACGAACAAGCCGUCAUAAGCGACAAAAGAAGGACAGAUGCCAAAGACGCUUGUGGAUCAAAGGAUGAAGCAGACUUCUUCUUCCUGAUAGAUGUAUCAGGAAGCAUUGACGACAAAGACUUUAAAGACAUGCAGAAUUUCAUCGUCGAGUUUCUGCAUACCUUCCGUAUUGGGCCACAAUAUGUCCGCAUUGGGCUUAUGAAAUACUCAAAUUCACCAAUUUUGGAAUUUGACCUCACAACUCAUGCAAAUGCAAAUGAUUUGGAAAAAGCUGUGAUGGGCAUUAAAAAAACAGGAGGUGGGACAUUUACAGGGAAGGCACUGUCUAAAAUGGAACCGUACUUCAAGAAUGCGACCGACAAACGCCCCAAAGUCCGAAAGUACCUGAUUGUCAUCACUGAUGGAAAAGCCAAUGAUAAAGUCAAGGCACCUGCAAAAAAAUUGAGGGAUCAAGGUGUCAUUGUCUAUGCCAUCGGGGUAAAAGGUGCAGUCGAAACUGAACUGGUUGAGAUGGCCGGCGACGUCAAGAGGAAAUUCUCUCUCAAUAAUUUUGAUUUCCUGAAGAACUUCUUCAAAGAAAUCAUGACACACAUCUGUAUUCCUGAUGUUUGCGAAAACGUAUCAGCCGAUGUGAUUUUCUUAGUUGACGGCUCUGAGAGCGUCGAAGAUGAAGAUUUUCAGAAAAUGAAAACAUUUUUGAAAUCUAUCAUCAGGAACACUGCCGUCAGCGAAGAUGGGGUGCAUGUUGGGAUCAUGCAGUACAGCACCAAAUAUGAACUACAGUUCAAACUCAACCACUCCUACAACAUAGAUGAAAUGGUAAGAAACAUCGAUGCCAUGAAGCAGAUAAGUGAAGGCACAAGCACUGGUAAAGCCAUCCGUGCUGUGUCGGAGUAUUUUGAUAGAAAUAAUGGAGGGCGUCCUGAGCUGCAGCAGAAGCUGGUGGUGUUAACAGACGGCAAGUCCAAAGACGACGUCGCUGUCCCUGCUGCUGCUCUGAGGGCCAAGAAUGUGAUCAUCUAUGCCAUAGGAGUGGCAGAAGCCAAUACUGUUGAGCUGGAGAACAUCAGCGGGUCAAAACAAAGGGUUUAUUUUGAUAAGGACUUUGAUGCUCUGAAGAGUUGGGAGAGUCAGCUGGUUGUGGAACUCUGCAAGGCAGACUGUAAGAAGACAAAGAAUGCAGAUGUUAUUUUCCUGGUGGACGGCUCGGCAAACAAAGAUUUGAAUAUGUUCAAAAGCAUUCACAAGUUUAUGAAGACAAUAGUGAACCUUGCAGAAGUUGGCAAGAACCUGGCUCGUUUCGGGGUCAUUCUCUACGCCGAUACUGCUGAGCCUGUUUUUACUCUAGACAGGUAUGACAACAAACAAGAAGUUAUUGAAGCAAUAAAUGCAAUGAAGCCACUCGGAGGAAACACCAACACUGCCAAGGCGAUGGAAUACUCAUUACAAUAUUUUAAGGAGGCACACGGUGGCCGGCCUGCAGAAAAUAUACAUCAGAUUCUCAUGGUGAUCACAGACAGGCAUGCCUCUGAUAGUUUUGACCUGGAGAGGGCAUCUAAUGCACUGGUAGAAAAUAGAGUCACUGUCUUCAGUAUCGGAGUGGCAGAUGCAAAUAGAGGUCAGCUGAAUAUCAUGGCUGGUGGUGACACAUAUAGAGUUUUCUAUGCAGAAAAUUAUGAAGCCCUGGAACUUCUCCGCAAGAAUGUGUCCCCUAUCUGGUGCAGAUAUACUGAGGAAGUUUGCGACAAGGCUGACGUGGUCUUCCUACUUGAUACUUCCAGCAGCAUCACUAAGGACAAUCACACCAGCAUGUUGAACUUCACGUCAGAACUGGUGAGGAGCUUCAAAGUAGGUGAAGAGUUUGUUCGUGUUGGAGCUGCACAGUUCAGUGACCAUCGAUACCAUGAGUUUUACCUCAAUCAUUACUCCAACCAGAAGGCUGUGAUUGAACACAUUGGCAAUAUGACUCACUACGGUGUAAACACUCACAUCGGAAAGGCCUUGAAAUACAUUAAGGAUUACUUCACAGUGUCAAAGGGCAGUCGUGAAUCUAAGCAUAUCCCCAAGACACUGGUGUUGGUCUCAGAUGGCGGGGAUAAUGAUGACGUUGAUAUCCUGGAGGAAGAAGCUAGCGAUCUAAGGGAUAUGGGGGUUAGGAUUCUUGCCAUAGGUGUUGGAGAUGUCCACCUCCUGCAGCUCUUGCAGAUUGCUGAAAAGCCUUAUAGGGUAUUCAACCGGCUGACAUUUAAGGACUUGGAAGAGAUCAGGAAACAGGUGCUCCACGGAAUCUGUGAAUCUGACCAUAUCCAAGAUAGGCCUAGUGAGUUGGAAUGUACCAUUGAUAUCGCCAUUGGAUUCGAUAUUUCAAAAAGAACCGGGCUUCCUGGGGAGACGCUGGUCAGCAGCCAUCACAAUCUCCGGAAAAACCUGAAGACGAUCAUCCACUCUAUUUCUUCUGUGUCUAGCCUGUGCUGCUUCUAUGGCACCAAAAUCAAUACCAGCAUUGCCUUCCAAGUAGUUGACCGCAAUGGACGAUCCCUUUACGACACAAAUUUUGAGGAGUAUAGCGAGGAUGUGGUACAGAAAGUUCAGAACUGGCCGGUGACUCAACCUACUUACUUCAACACUGACCUGCUGAAUUCCUUCCAAAGAACGUUUGCCAAGUCCAACGCUGGUGUGAAGGUGCUGGUGAUCUUCUCAGAUGGACUCGAUGAAGACUUGAACAAUCUGCUGCGUGUGAGAGAGCAGCUGAGAAAAUCAGAAUUCAACGCUCUACUGAUUGUGGCUCUGGAGGGAGCCCAAAACCCUGCCGAGCUGCAGAGGGUGCAGUUUGGCCGAGGUUUCCACUACAUGAAUCCUCUCAGCAUUACCAUGCCGAAUGUUGGUAAUGAGAUCCUCAAACAGAUUGAUGCAGUGGCAGACAAGGCGUGCUGCAAUGUCUCUUGCAAAUGCUUGGGAAAUGAUGGCCACAAAGGCGAUCCGGGGAACGGAGGGCCAAAGGGUGAGCCUGGACGGAACGGUCAGCCUGGCUUCCCGGGAGAGGAGGGGCCCUCUGGAGGACGAGGACCUCCUGGACCACCUGGACCUCAGGGCAUCCAGGGCUGUCCUGGAGUCAGAGGACAGAAGGGAUCCCGAAGCACCGCAGGCGAGAGGGGCGAGAACGGAGAUGAUGGCCUGUAUGGAAUCCAUGGAGAACAGGGAGUGCCGGGACUGAAUGGAAGUCUGGGAGAGCGAGGACAUCUAGGAAAUCCAGGUAUCCCAGGUAUCCCAGGAGAAGGAGGGCUGAAAGGAGAGCGAGGACUGAGAGGAGAUCCGGGACAACCGGGCAAAGAUAACACCCAACGAGGACCCAAAGGAGAACCCGGGAACCCAGGUUUACUGGGAGUAAAUGGACCAGACGGGCGGAAGGGUGAUGAUGGAGACAUUGGAAACCAGGGUCCAGAUGGAAGAAGAGGUCUGUCUGGAAAGAAGGGUGGACCUGGACAGCCGGGAGAGACAGGACUCCCAGGUAUCCAAGGUGCUCCUGGUCUUCAGGGAAGCAGAGGGAAUCCUGGUGGAAGUGGACCAAAAGGGAUCUCUGGCUUUCCUGGACCUGCGGGUAAACAUGGACAACCUGGAGGCAAGGGACAAGUUGGACAUCGUGGUCCUAAUGGACAGAAGGGCCAACCAGGAAAUCCGGGUGUAAAAGGUAAUCCAGGUUCACAAGGACCCAGAGGAAUGCCGGGUCAGGAUGGUAGAGACGGUCGUGGACCCACAGGACCUGCAGGUAGCAAGGGAGAUCCUGGUUUUCCUGGUUACCCUGGUCUUCAGGGUGAGUAUGGCCAAGAGGGAACCAAAGGACAUCCGGGACAUAAAGGGAACCCAGGUCGACCGGGAAACACAGGCAGACCAGGCGAUGGAGGCGGGCCCGGAGACAAAGGAGGACCAGGACACAACGGUCCCAAAGGCCCUCCAGGUGACCGCAAAUCUCAAUGUGAGCUGAUCAACCUCAUCAGAGACAACUGUGUAUGCUGCGAUGAUCCGAAGAAGGCAUGUCCAGCUUACCCCACUGAACUGGUGUUCGGCCUGGACAUGUCGGAGGACGGGGGUCCUUUCGAUACGCAGCACAAAGCCCUCAUCUCUCUAUUGGAGGACAUUUCCAUCGCUGAGAGCAACUGUCCGACAGGCGCCCGUGUGGCCGUGGUGGGAUACAGCAAUGUCACCAAGUACCUGAUCCGUUUCCAGGACUACCGCCGCAAGGCCCAGCUCCUUGAAGCUGUGAAGAACAUCACCCUGGAGGGCAAAACCAAAGGGCGCCAUCUGGGAGACGCCAUGCACUUUGUGGGUCGGAAUGUCUUCAAACAUACCCGUGCAGGAGCUUUGAUGAGGAAGGUGGCUGUAUUUUUCACCAACGAACCGUCACAAGAUACAAACGAAAUUGUUACCGCUGUGAUGGAAUAUCGGGGUUUCAACAUCACCCCUGUAGUCAUCUCACUGAGGAACGCUCCUCGUGUUAGUCAAGCGAUGGCGGUUGAUGACACAGGACACUCCGUCUUCACGGUGCUGGACCAGGACGCUAAUCUGCGCAAAGUCAAGAACUGUGUAAUCUGUUACGACCCCUGCAGACCUGAACAAGAGUGCUCCUUCAAACAGGAACCUCAGGAAGUGGAUCUGGACCUGGUGAUGGUGGCUGACAGCUCCAGGCUGAUGCAGGCUGAUGAGUACGCUGGUGUCCAGCAGCUGUUGGGCUCUGUGGUGGAGCAGCUGGCUGUGAGCUCGCAGCCCCGCCUGGCUGAUGGGAAAGUCCGAAUAGCUGUAGUCCAGAGCGGAACUCAGACUCCCAAGUUGGAGUUUGGCCUGCAGACAUACCAGAACCCUCAGGAGAUGAGGAGGCACCUGAUCACAGCCAUGCAGCAGCAGGGCGGCUCCUCAGCACUGGGACAGACGCUGGAAUACACUCUGAGAGAGGUGCUCCGGAAGACCAGCCAGUCCCGCAGGAGGAAGGCAAUUCUGACUGUGGUGGGCACCCAUGCGGCUUACGAGGACCGGGCCAGACUAAAGUACAUCUCCCAGAAGGCCAAGUGUGAAGGGGUGGCGAUGUUUGUGGUGACGGUGGGCGACCGCUACGACCGGACGCAGGUGGAGGAGCUGGCCAGUCUGCCUGUACAGCAGCACCUGAUCCACGUUGGGCGGCUGAGGCCCGACGAGCAGGGCUACGCCCAGCGCUUCUUCAGGGUCUUCCUCUCUGCUCUCAACAAGGGAAGGAACUCAUAUCCUCCUGUUUCUUUAAAACGGACCUGCGACAAGCUGCAAGAGCCGACCACAGGUGCUUUGGCACCAACCUUCGAUCUUAACGGUCUGGGGUCGGCAGAGCUGAUGGAUGAGGGCGUGGAGGAGCAGGAGCAGAUUGGAGUAAAGCCCACACAGCUGGAUAUCAUUGAAACUUUGAAAACAGAGGACGGAAAGAGUUUACUGCCAGUAGCUAACAUCAAAGAUGCCAGAUGUUUGCUCAAAAAAGACCCCGGCAGCUGUGGGAACUAGACCAUAAAGUGGUUCUUCGACAGCGAAAGCAGCCAAUGCUUCUGGUACACCGGCUGUGGCGGCAACAGCAACCGCUUUGAGACGCGGAAGGCUUGUGAGAAGGUUUGUCUGUGGAAGAGUCGAUGAAGAGGAUGUUGGACACCUUCAGAAAAAAAACAACUGUUCAAGGAAAUAACCAUGAAGACUUCUGAAAUGAUUUAAGAACAUUUAUUCACGGCUGGGCUUUUUUUUUGUUUUUAUUUUUUUAUUUUUAUGUCCACUACUCUUUUGCACUCUUUCUGUUGAAUGUUGAUUCCUUCUUUCACACUUAUCUGACCGAGACCAGAGCUGUAAACGCUUCUUUCAGGAUUUUUAUAAACACAUCAGGUGCUAUUUAAAAAAAAGAAAGUCAGGUCACAUGGUUCAUCUGGAGUCAAUGCAACAAGUGACCAUUUUACAUUUUGUUCUGUUUCUGAUUAAAAUUCAUAUUUCACAUCA